AAAUAUGAAUCAAAUUUUAAAACGUAUAAAAUUUAUUAAGUUUAAUUUUAAAAAAUAUGGUUUAGUUUGUAAUCGAUAUUUACUAUUUAUGUUACACAUUUGGUUCAAAUUACUUGGAUUGUCACCGUGGAAAAUGGACACUAACUUGCGGAUAAAUACAGAAAUUCGAAAUAAGGGACCCAGAUUUCAUUUUUCAUACGUCGGAUCUUGUUACAAUAUUUUGGUAUUUGUAAUUAUCGUUGUGACUGCAGGUUAUAUACUACGUAAUUUAUUGCCAUUCUAUGGUGAUCAUUCUACUUUUACUGUUGAAGUACUAUCAAUAAAUUUAAAAAUUUUUUCAAUGUUGUGUACAAGUGUAAUACCACUUCUUUAUAUUGUAAGGCAACAAUUGUACAAAAAAAUUCUCAAUAAAUUUGAAACUCUGGAUAAUAAAUUGAAUAAAUGUGCGGAUUUCAAAACAGAAAAUGACAACAUCAAUUAUUUAAUAUUUUCGAUCUAUAUCGUGAUAAUGUGUUGCAUGGUAAUAUUAAGACAAUUAUAUUUCAAGGCAUUAGUGACUGUGAUGCUUGGAAGUUUUCCGGAUUUUAUAGUUAAUGGCUUAAUAAUACAAUACGCAAUGUUACUAAAUAUAAUAAAGAUACGAUUCAAAAACGUAAAUUCGAUUCUUUCAAAACUGGGGACUUCUGAAAGUAGAAUAUCUCUAUCACGUACAUCAGUUCUUGACGACAUUGGGAGGAUCAAGAGCGCGUACGUUGACUUAUGUGAAAUGUGUGAAGAUAUUGUGAGUUUUUAUGGAAUGCCUGUGUUGAUUGAAAUCAUUGUUAUUUCUCUUAAAACUAUUUAUAAUUUAUAUUACAUUGUUUUAAUCUUUCUUGACUUACGAGAGAGUGAAAAUAUAAUGUGUCUCUGUGUCUUACUUUCACUAUGGUACAAUUUUGUAUUUACGGCAUUAGCUACUAAUGUCUCUAAAAUAGUGAAACAGAAUAAAAAGACGGCCAUGAUCAUAAAUCUGCUUUUGGAUCGAUAUGCAAUGGAUGAGGAAAUAAAACAAAAAUUGACUCAGUUUGCAAGCGACCACUGGCAUUUGACUGUUGAAUUCACCGCUUGUGAUAUCGUACCUCUAGACCGUACCCUUCUAGCAAUAAUCAACGGCACGAUUGCAACGUAUUUGGUUAUUGCGGUACAAUUCCGUAUCAGCGCAAUUCCUGAUUGAUAAAUUCAAUAAAUAUUCGCUAAAGUGUUUUCACCAGUAUUAAAAUCUUUGUCAGUUUGUUGUUAAAAAAAAUUUUACUUGAUAUAU